AGCCACUGUGGAGCAAAGUUUAGUAGGUUCCGUCAUUCGUCGUGGCCAUCCAUCGACCUACCCAUGGGAGACAGUGGGCAAAAUGGAAAGAAGAAGGCCAGAGAUAGCAGCUCAGAAAGUGGGACCCCAGAUUGGCUCAAAAAGCGCCGGGAGAAACAAUCUCGUGGUGAGCUCAAAGAGGAUCGUGGAAUGAUGGGAGGAGAGAAAGGAGAGAAGGGCGACAAGGGUGGCAAGGGCGGCGGAAAGGAACCCAGGCCAGGGGAUUGGAAAUGCCCCAGCUGUGGCAGUAACAACUUUGCAAGAAGGACCGAGUGCUUCAAAUGCGGCACAAAGAAGCCGGCCGAGGGGAAAGGUCGCAGAGACUCUCGCUCUCGUUCUCGUGGCAGACGGUGAGAUGGUGCUGACUGGGCACCUGGCUACUUCCACGAAGUCUCGUCGAAGCCAAACAAGCCUUGCUGAGUUGGUCACCAGUGGGCUUACCAUUUGUUCGAUGGGAGUCUCGAUGGAAUGAAAGCACCAAAGUUGUCCAACAGGGUGAAAAAGGCACCUUGUCAUAGAAAAACAUGUACAUUAGUAAGGAUCAUUAAAUGGCCUGGAUGCCUCCGAUGCGAAAAAGACG